AUGUGCAUAGUUAAUGAGCAGCUGCUAACCCUGCCGUAUCCCAUCCAGUCGAAGUCACACGAGGGUGCCUUGCGUUUGCCGCACUUCUCGCUGAGCGCGGACAUCAGCCCACGGCUAAUUUGUAUUGAAAUUUUCGUAUGCGGCAAUGGUGUCUGGAAGGAAUUUGUGGCCGCUGACUGCGGCGGGCUGCGUUCGCGGCGAACGGUGUUCUCCGGCGUUUUCGCGUCGGUAACCGUAAUCCGGCACACAAUUAAUCUUCGUGUGGACCCUCAGGAGGUGGCCGGCGCGGGCGAGUUUGCGGCGAUGGCCCCGAUUUGUACGCCGGUCGCCCCCGGGACGUGUUCAUCAUAUGAUAAUCCCUUAUCGGUUAAUCUCGCGGCCACG